AUUUUAUCAUGUGGGCAACCUGCUGCAACUGGUUUUGCCUGGAUGGACAGCCUGAGGAGGCCCCACUGCCCCAGGGAGCCAGGACACAAGCCUAUUCCAACCCUGGGUACAGCUCUUUCCCUUCUCCACCAGGCUCAGAACCAAGCUGCAAGGCCUGUGGAGCCCACUUUGUAAACAUGGCCAGGAAGCAGACCUGCCUGGACUGUAAGAAAAAUUUCUGCAUGAUCUGUUCGAACCAAGUGGGGAAUGGGCCCCGCCUCUGCCUUCUCUGCCAACGAUUCCGAGCCACAGCCUUUCAGCGAGAGGAGCUCAUGAAGAUGAAGGUGAAGGACCUGCGGGACUAUCUGAGCCUCCAUGACAUCUCUACAGACAUGUGCCGGGAAAAAGAAGAGUUGGUGCUCUUGGUGCUUGGCCAGCAGCCUGUCACCUCCCACGAGGGCAGGACUCGUGCCUCCACCUUGUCCCCGGACUUCCCAGAACAGCAGGCCUUCCUGACGCAGCCGCACACCAGCACAGCGCCUCCUACCUCACCCAACCUCCCCUCCUCACCGGCACAGGCCACCUCUGGCCCCCAGGCCCGGGCUCAGGAGAAUCAGCAGGCCAAUGGCCAUGUGUCUCAGGACCAAGAGGAACCCGUCUACUUGGAGAGCACGGCCAGAGCACCUGCUGAGGAUGAGACCCAGUCUCUCGACUCAGAGGAUAGCUUCGUCCCGGGCCGGAGGGCCUCUCUGUCUGACCUGACUGACCUAGAGGACAUUGAAGGCCUGACUGUGCGGCAGCUGAAGGAGAUUCUGGCUCGCAAUUUCGUCAACUACAAGGGCUGCUGUGAGAAGUGGGAGCUGAUGGAGCGGGUGACGCGGCUGUACAAAGAUCAGAAAGGACUCCAGCACCUGGUGUGUGGUGCUGAAGACCAAAAUGGGGGAGCAGUGCCACCUACUGUGGAGGAUAACCUGUGUAGGAUCUGUAUGGACUCACCCAUUGACUGUGUUCUGCUGGAGUGUGGCCACAUGGUAACCUGUACCAAGUGUGGAAAGCGCAUGAGUGAGUGUCCCAUCUGUCGGCAAUACGUGAUUCGAGCUGUGCACGUCUUCCGAUCCUGAGGGCUCAUUCCAGCUUCAUCAGUGCCUUACAGAGACAGAGCUCAAGGUGUUCAGGCUCACCUUGGCAAGCUUGCAACAGGGCAAGUUUGAAAGAAAAUGCGGUAUUCCCAAGACCAUGGCAAGCAAAACUGCCAUGUCUUCUCUGGGUAUGCCUUUUUUUGCCACCAGAGGUGCAUUUCCUGGCUGCCAGUCAAGGCCAGUGGGAACUGGUACAGAUCACAUUGGGAAGACCCUGUUUCAGUGGUCUUGGGGUGAUAAUGGUAAUUAAUGAAGAGGACUUUCCAGAACUUGAAGAAAUCUUCCUUCCUCCUGUAACCUAGUCCCCUGAGCUGCUUGCUGCUUAUGUCCCACCAAUCAGAAGUCUUGGUAGAAAUGGUUCUUUCUCUUAAGCACACCUGGAUUUCUGGUCUCUGUGUUUUAAUCUUUACUUUGCUAAUUGUAGAGUGCUAGACUGCCUAGAAAUUCCAUUUUUUGUUCCAGACCAAAAAGAUGUUUACCAGACCAAUAGUGGCCCUUUUUAGGACAGAAUUUGGACCAGUAAUCUUAAUUCUGGAGAGAAACACAAAUGGUAUUGGAAAAUUUCAAAAUCAUUGAGUUGCUUCCUUAAAUGCUGGGAUUAGAAGCUGUCAGUCCCCUUACCUGCUCCCAGGAGCCAACAAAGCAUCUAGCUCCUAAACUGCUGAGAAAUUCUGGUCUCCGGGCAAGAAAUGCUGCAUGGAUGGAUCAUCUCAGCUGCUGCUUCUCUGGGGACCCAAAUUCACAUCAUCUUUAAGUUACAAGGGCGAAAGCAUCAGGUGAAAGCAAUGACUUUCCCGAGAAUGAAGUUCUACCCUUUCUGUGAAGGUUUUAAACAUGGUGUCACCGAAGGCAUAUUUAAGUAGUCCUGCAUUUCUCUAGCCAAACUUCUCAUGAAGUGCCUAUGGACCGGACCAGACAUGUAAGUAAAGCACCUAAGAGAUCUCACAAGGUGCUGAAUAAGGCUGGAUUCAACCCUUGAGCACAUAGCUAGAAGUUUGGAACCCACAGGAUGGUGAGGACUCAUUUCUCUCAUUUCACUUCUCAGGUGACCUGGGGAGGUCAGGAAGCAUUCUUUAUUUAGGUUCUUUUAAGAAGGAUCAUGUGAUGUUAUGAAUAAGUGUUGGUCUUGACACCACUGGAGGAGCCAAGGGCUUAAGAAAGUUGGUUGAAACAGCUUAGCAAAGCACAACUCUAGAUGCUGUCAGAAUUGCUGUGUGCUGCCAUUACCAAUGGAUGAACUAUGCAAAACCUGAACACUGAAGACCUUGGCAGACCCUCUACCCCUGUGUAGCAAGAUCUCUCAAAUGAAACUAAUCAUGACUUUGGAAGGCAGUGGGGGACCUAUUUAUUGGUAGACUUAUUCAUGCUUUUCCUUAAUCAACCACUAAUCCCCUAUGGGGGUGGGGGGAUAAAAUAAUUUCUUACAGUUGUCUGCCGAACACUGGGCCACUUACCUCGACAUUAUACAAAGCCCUGGAUGAUCAGAUUCCAGGCCAUAAUAGCCUUUGUACGAAUUAGGAGAAUCAAAAGAUUUUCCUGUGAUAUCAUAACUCAUCUUUCUGCUGGACAGCAAAUAUUACAGUUUACAAUGCUACCAGUUUAGAAAAGGAUUCAGCUUGCCUCAGCUCCACUGUGAAACAGGCAUACAUAUAAAUGUGUGUAUAUAGGUGUGUGUGUGUGUAUAUAUGCAUAUAUAUGUAUGUAGGCAACUCAGUUAUCUCAAAGUAACUUCAGAGCUGGCUAUCCACUUAAAAUUCACUUUCUCUGCUGGGGCCUUACCUUUUACUACUUCCCAACUUCCUAAAUGAGCUAAAAAAUAUUCUCAGUAAGACUUGUAACUGAUGUCAUUUACUAGUUUGAGAAAACCUUAUGUUUGGGUCUUCUAACCUCUUGGUGAAAGUUUCCAUUUGGGUGAAAAAUGUCACACAACAAAUUUUUUGUAUCUUUAUUUGUAACAAAAGUUGGAAAUUUCAAGACCCCAUUCCAAUUAGUAUCUAAUCCAAAUAGAAAAUCUUAUUUUUAUUCUUGACUUUUUCCCCCUGUAUCUCAUGGACCCUUGAUCUUAAUUAUCAUGCAAACAUCUAAUUCUUCAUUAUUCUGUGACUUUUGCUGUGAUUAUGCAGAUUUCAGUUGCAACUUUUAAAGACUUGGAGAGCUGACUGAUUUAUAAUACAUUGGAAUAAUUGGAUCUAAACUAGUGAGAAUAAGCUGUAUAGGAAUUAGUGCUCUAUAUAUUGUAUAAAUUAAUUGAAAUCUUUUGGAUGUGAAUGUGUUACUUCAAGUGGCUUAUAUUCUCUGAAAUUUGUUUGGGUGUUAAAACAAACCCAAAUGUGUAUUUUUUUGUUACAGAGCCCUGCUUUAUAAUUUUGUAAUAAAGUUUCAAUAUAGAUACCUGUCCUAUCUGGUGUAAGAAUGACAGUCUGACAUAAGAAUUUGCAUAAUCUUGAGGUUGCAUUAUUUCUGGAGAUGGGGAUGGACCAUAUGGCCUUGAUCAAGCUAUCCCUGUUCACCAAGUGAGGAAACUGAAGCUUAAGUGUUUCUACUUGCUCAAGGAUCUCUGAAUUACGGCAGUGAGGCCAUGCACAUAGAAGAGGAUGGCGGUUGUGCAGGGAGGGACCAAGUAGAAAGAAACACCUGUUCCACUGAUGUGCACUUUGAAGAUAUGGGUAGGAAAACACCUGAAGAUGGCAGCAUGCCCAUUUAUUAAUGUAAGGUCCUCAGGUGAGCGUGGGAGAUGCAUGGUGGCUUUAGGAGGCUGCUGUGUGCAGCUGGAGUGUGGCUCAGAGGUUGGCCCAGCCUUGUAGAGGUUGCUGUGGGCCUGUGCAUAUUCCAUAGUGGGUGACAAGGGAGGGGGAGGGGGAGGGUAGACCUGGGAAUGUGGGCUUUGGGAGAGCUAGAUUAUGGGCAGAUCUGCCCUGAGACUAACAGAAGGAAUCUGGCGCAAAGGGUAUAAAGGCUGGAGGUUGAGCCACAGCACUGUCUUCAUAGUUGUCAGUGGCCAACCCAUUGAGCACCCAGAGAUGAGCUACUGUCCUGUGUGCUACCACUCAGAACACACAGCUCAAAGGAGGAUAUUGUACAGUAUAAUCUCAGCAGCAAAAAAAAAAAAAAAA